AUGCAUCACCCUCAUCCUAGUAUGCCUCCACCACAACAUUAUUCACCACCACCUCUUCCUCCACCACCAAUGAGCCAUCCAAUGCAGAAUCCUCCCCAGGCAGCAGGUAAUCCUCAUAUGGUUUAUAGCCAAGGUCCUCCUCCAACAACUAUCCUACCCCCUGGACACAUCAUUGCCCAGAUGUCUCUAUACAUGAAUCCUCCUCCUCCACUAGGACCUCCUCCCUCUCAACAUGGUGGUCCCACUGUAUGUGCUCCCCCUCCUCACUACUAUAACCCCAACGCUUUGCCACAGUUCCCUGAAGAUCUAGGAACUCUGAGCCCUCCAUUCACAGAGUCUUGGAAUAUUCCAAGAAUGCAGGGGCUGCCCCCUAAACACCCAGCACUACAUCAUACUCAGCAGAUGACAUGUAGACCAGAUUUCCCAUGAUAGUAGUGUUUUGAA